GCAGUAGCUCCCGGAAUAGGACCGUUGUGAGGCGGCCGGUUCCAAGUAGCCCCGGCGCGGGGGGGGGGGAGGCGGCCCUGUACAGUACGACUGCGGGGCCCUUUGCGCGCCACGACUGGGAUUCCAGCUGUGGCUACUGGAAGCGGCCUGGCCCAGCGGAAGGGUGGGGACUGACCUGUGCCUAGAGUCCAUCUCAGCACGCGGAGCCUGCCGCGAGUCCCCGGUGCCCCCUCCGGCGCGCUCCUGAAGCCACUUUCCCGAGCGGAAGUCAGCCUGCGUUUCGGGCCCUUUGGGGACCUGCUCGGAGGAAUGGCGCUGCCGGGUUCAGGCACUGUCUUCCUGCUGUCCCUGACAAUCAUAGCCAGCGCCCUGGCUCUGACACCCACUCACUACCUCACCAAGCAUGACGUGGAGAGGCUGAAAGCUUCGCUGGACCGCCCUUUCACAAGUUUAGAAUCUGCUUUCUACUCCAUCGUGGGACUCAACAGCCUCGGUGCCCGGGUGCCAGAUGUAAAGAAAGCCUGCGCCUUCAUUAAAUCAAACCUUGAUCCCAGCAAUGUGGAUUCCCUGUUCUACGCAGCCCAGUCCAGCCAGGCCCUCUCAGGCUGUGAGAUCUCUAUUUCAAAUGAGACCAAAGAUCUGCUUCUGGCAGCUGUCAGCGAAGACUCGUCUGUUUCCCAGAUCUACCACGCCGUUGCAGCCCUGAGCGGCUUUGGCCUUCCCUUGGCUUCCCAGGAAGCACUUAGUGCCCUGACCGCUCGCCUCAGCAAGGAGGAGGCCGUGCUAGCAACAGUCCAGGCUCUGCAGACGGCGUCUCACCUGUCCCAGCAGGCUGACCUGAGGAGUAUCGUGGAGGAGAUUGAGGACCUUGUUGCUCGCCUGGAUGAACUGGGAGGCUUGUAUCUGCAGUUUGAAGAAGGACUGGAAACAACAGCAUUAUUUGUGGCUGCCACCUACAAGCUUAUGGACCAUGUGGGGACUGAACCAUCAAUUAAGGAGGAUCAGGUCAUCCAGCUAAUGAAUACAAUCUUUAGCAAGAAGAACUUCGACUCACUCUCAGAGGCCUUCAGUGUGGCCUCUGCUGCCGCGGCGCUGUCCCAGAAUCGCUACCACGUGCCGGUCGUGGUUGUGUCCCAGGGCUCUCCUUCCGACACUCAUGAACAGGCGAUCCUGCGGUUACAGGUCACCAAUGUUCUGUCCCAGCCUCUGACUCAGGCAUCUGUUAAACUAGAGCAUGCUAAAUCCGUUGCUUCCAGAGCCACUUUCCUCCAGAAGACCUCUUUCACCCCUGUAGGGGAUGUUUUUGAACUAAACUUCAUGAAUGUCAAGUUGUCCAGUGGUUAUUAUGACUUCUCUGUCAGAGUUGAAGGUGACAACCGUUAUAUUGCAAAUAGUGUAGAGCUCAAAGUCAAGAUCUCAACUGAAGUUGGCAUCACCAAUGUUGAUCUCUCCACUGUGGAUAAGGAUCAGAGCAUUGCCCCCAAAACCACACGGGUGACCUACCCAGCCAAGGCCAAGGGCACAUUCAUCGCAGAUAGCCACCAGAACUUUGCUUUGUUCUUCCAGCUGGUGGACGUGAACACCGGUGCCGAGCUCACACCUCACCAGACAUUUGUCCGACUUCAUAACCAGAAGACUGGCCAAGAAGUGGUGUUUGUUGCUGAGCCGGACAGCAAGAAUGUAUACAAGUUUGAGUUGGAUACUUCUGAGAGAAAGAUCGAAUUUGACUCUGCGUCCGGCACCUAUACUCUCUACUUGAUCAUCGGAGAUGCCACUUUGAAGAACCCAAUCCUGUGGAAUGUGGCUGAUGUGGUCAUCAAGUUCCCUGAGGAAGAUGCUCCAUCAACUGUCCAGUCUAAGAACCUUUUCACCCCCAAACAGGAAAUUCAGCACCUGUUCCGUGAGCCUGAGAAGAGGCCCCCCACAGUGGUGUCUAAUACAUUCACUGCCCUGAUCCUCUCGCCCUUGCUGCUCCUCUUUGCUCUGUGGAUCCGGAUUGGUGCCAAUGUCUCCAACUUCACUUUUGCUCCUAGCACGAUAAUCUUUCACUUGGGACAUGCUGCGAUGCUGGGGCUCAUGUACAUCUACUGGACUCAGCUCAACAUGUUCCAGACCCUGAAGUACCUGGCCAUCUUGGGCAGCGUGACGUUUCUGGCUGGCAAUCGGAUGCUGGCCCAUCAGGCGAUCAAAAGGAUCGCUGCAGAGCAGAGCAGUAGAUUGGCAAAAUAUAGGACACUACGAACAGCGCAUUAGUCCCGGCCAGAGGAAGAAAGGGAAGUCUAAAACCCGAAAUGAAUGUCAAGAAGAAGAGUCAAGAACAAUUCAGUUUGAAAAGGGGAAUGAAAGAAAUACUGUGUUUAUGAAGAAGAAAGUUGACAUUGUGGUCACACUUUGCUCGUUUUUCUGUUGCCCACACAGAGCCGGAGGGGCCAGAUACUCUGUUUCGUUGGCAGGACGCCCUGGCAGGACGCUGUGAAUACUCCUAACUCACCCUAACGUUGCGUUGGAAAAGUUGAAGUCUGUAAAAAGUUGUUUUGGAAUAAAGAGGAUAAGGGGGACAAAGUCC